GUGCCUUUAAGACUUAUGUCAAAUCUCGUAAGGUGCAAGAGAAAAGAAAGGAGAGUGACUCCAAGAGAGAAGUAAGUAGUGAACUGAACAUGUAGUGGAGUGUUAAUUACAUAUUUAUACAGAUUUAGAAAGAUUUAAAUCGAAUUAAAAUUGAUAGUCCAAUGCCAACAAGUACAGACUGAUUUAAGAUCAAGUGUGAUUUUAUGGAAUAUGGUGCUGUGCGAAUACACCAUUUCAAUAAUAAUUGUGAUCCAAUCACCUUGCGUAACUUACUAAUAAGAACGAGGCUCCAACAACAAAGUAUGUGUGACGUAAUUAUCGAAAGGGUGUGUUGCUCCGCAAUGGCUAACUAUAUGUACACAUUAAAUUUGCGUGGUCAGGAGUGUAAUUGCACUGUGCAACUUGUCUUAGUUGGAUUCUAUUGUCAGUUUGCCUUUGCUGUCUGGCUUAAAUAUGUUCUUGUGUUGCGGCGGUCGCGCUAAUCGCUUCAAAAGUUGAACAUGCCUAACACGAUUCUAUGUUUUGCAAGAUAGAUUAGAAUACUUCUGAAACAAGUUGCAUAGUUGCUGUAACAUCGCUUAUAAUUUAUAUUUCCAAAUCGUUAUCUAUAUAUGUAGAGUAGCUCAGGUACUUCGAUAGACUAGUAAGACCAUCAAGGGCGAAUUGUUUUAGUCAAUGUGUAUGUUGCCGGUUUACAGGCCCCCUUUGUUUUUCGCGGCCAAUUGCCCCCUGGCGAUCCCAUAAUACAUUGUAUUAUUUGCAAAUGCAAUGUAUUAUAGGAUCGCCAGUGGGCAAUUGGCCACGAAAAACAAAGGGGGUGCAAACCGGCAACAUACACAUUCAACACUUGUCACACAGAACUUUAUAACUCUAAAACAUUUUGUCUUUUUAUUUAUAGAAAUUGGGAAAAUGCAUAAGGUGCCUGGAAAAACCCCCCUGGUCUACCAAAAUAAAGGCUAAGUUGAUGGAGGCAAUGCACAUGGAUUACAUGUCAAGCGAGGAGAGCGAACAUGAAAGAGAGUCACCGUACAAGACAAAGCAAUAUAUUGUCAGGCCUCUUACGUGGAAAAGUAAUGAACUCAAGAGGUUUAAAAAAAAGUUGGACAAAGGCCAUCUGGAUAGUUUGCCUGAACUAAUAAAGAAACAGGCAUUGCCAAGGAGUGUAGGAGCACCUUCAUCUCGAGGAAUGCCCGAUAAUUGUCCCGAAUGGGCAUGUAAUCAGUCUUCUAGUGCAAACUCAAGCCUACAAUCACCUUUGUCAACGUCAAGUACUAGUUCACCGUUAAACUCAAGUACUCCGUCAAGUGGUAAUGGGUCGAAUGAUGAGUGA